UGGGAAGUAAAUUCUUUGAACAUGGCGGAUGGUCAGGUGUGACGAGGAAACAGAAAGCAAAACAAAAUUGGAAUUAUGGCCUUGGAUGGCGAGGAAAGUACCCCGGUCCCAAAUUUGGCUCUAGAAGCUAUUGUUAAGCCUACACUCCGUGAGGUAAUGCUUCAGCUUUGUUUCCUUUUUGAGUCGAGGUUUACAGAGGCUGAACUAAAUAUGACCUUGACUUAUACGAACGUACGCUUGAUUUAUUUAUGCCCCAUACACACCAAUAUGUUUAGUGAAACCGGGUUUAACUGAAUGGAGAUCAGAAAAAAAGAAAUGAAAAACUUUUCUCAUUUGAUUUUUUUAUCAGAAACAGUUAGAACUUUUUAAUUAAAUCAGAUCCCCUUAGAGGGACCAAACUGAAUACUAGUACACACUUUUCUUUUGUCAGUGAGUGCCAGUCAAUCCUGUUGACAAAAGGAAAGUUGCCUAUGUGUUUGAUGGACAUAUGCAUGACAAAUGUACCAACCUUUACAUUUUUAAGCAUAUAAGCUCCCUUUGAAAGCUUUGAAAUACCCAUACAUCAGCUGUAUGUACAGUUGAAUAAUUAUUUAGACAGAUACAUGUACCAGGUGUAGGUACAGUACCUUAAUAGGAAGUAAACAGAUUCUUGGUAUGGUCAUAAUUGGAUAUGUCAUGGGUACUUAGUGACAAGUGACUCCAGUGCAGGUAAAUGAGAUCUCUUUUUUUCUUCUUUUUUGUGUUCUAGUUAGAGCCAUUUUAUGAUGAUGAAGCUGUUGAAAAGCUUCGAACUGCUUUUGCCAAGGUAACAGAUGUUGAAAUUUAACAGAUAAUGCAGUGAUCAUAUAAGUUAUUUAACUUUUAAAUAUGCAAGAAAAUUUUUUAACACUUGGACCAAGUCAAGGAUUUUAUUGUUUGUACACACUACACUUAAUGAGAUUCACAUACAACAACAGUGCUUCAUUGUCAAUGAUAACAUUGACAAAGAUCUAUGCAGGUGGUAGACAAAUAAAAACAAUAUUCUUCACAAUACCAUUGUUUACAUUUUGAUCAAUUAGCAAAUUGGUGUGCAUACAGGAUAGGUUGCUUUAUCCUUGGCUUAUAGCUUUCUACAAACAACAUAUAAAGUUAAUCCCCUAUAAAUUGUGGAACUGCUCGAUGGCAAACACUAAAUUAUAAAUGAUUAUAAACAGUAGAUUCUUUGUAAGUUUUAAGGUUUUGAAAUACCAUGUCUUCAAAACUAGUUGGUACACUAGGAAAAAAUUUUGAAAGGGGACAAAAUUUGCUAGGAUUUGAACAAAAAUUUUCCUAUCUCCAUGGUGUGCUCAGGGAUGAGUUAGUGAGGGGUGAGCUAGUUAGUUACAUUGAUCCAUCUUUGAUCUACCACCUGUAGCACAAUGUCCAUGUAGACCAGGUUAAAUUGCAUCUUUGUAAUACAUUGUAUUGAUUUCUUAGGUUGAGAAUGAUAUACCAGGGAUAACACAACAACUUGUUGGAGAAAUUUUGAAGUCAGGUAGCCAUGUGUAUUUUUUUGUGAUUGAUUUUUUUUGUUUAGAAUCGGUAAACCAGAUUAUUUGUAUUUUGUUAUCUUUAAAUUCAUGCCUAUCAAUAAAGAACAAGACAAACUAUUCAUAUGUAUUGAAAAAUUUUAAACAGAAAAAAUAUUUGAAACACAAUAAGAACAUGUUUGUAUUAAAUAGUGUUAUGAGUUGUAAUAGAUCAUAGAAGAUUUGUAAACUUAACUAGUUGUUAAAUAAAAGUGAUACAAGCAAGUUAGUUGGGUAUUUUAGACCAUGCUUUAGUCACAGUGAUUGUCAUAGUGACCUCAACCAACAGAUACAGCAACUUCAAAUUGAAUCUCUUAUCAUAAAGUCCUUCAAUUAUCUUUAUUUCCAACAGCUUCAUUAUCAGUGAACAUGAAUGAAGUUCUUCUUCUCUGUGCUGCUCAAAACAGUGAAGGUGAGUUUGGAUUUUCCUUUUGUUAGCUCCUACAGGCCAUCUGUUUAACUUUUAAUGCACAAGUUCUUAUGUUAGCUCAUUUGCGAUUUGAUGCAGGGGAGAAUUUGUUUAGGAAUAUCUAACUGCUGGAAUUGGAAAAAAUAUCUAUGUAUGUUUGAUGACCUAUGCCAUGUAUUAACCCUGUAAAUGAGUUUAUCUGAAGUAAACGUAGGACCUGAUACACUGUACUGACUAUUUAAACUUUUUAAAACUUGUAGUUAUAAACUGCAGUUUGCAUUGUAGUUGGGGAUGACAGAUUUAAAAUUUGCCUAACAGUUUUUUCAGUGUGGUUAAACCUUGAUUUUGGUAAUAAUGACAAUAACUUGUUAAUUGAUAACUGGACAAUAUUUGAUUUGAAUUUCAACAAACAAAUAAAACAUAUGGCAGCUGCAAUCUAUCGUAGAAUUGGCUAUCAAAAGUAAUGCGCCAUACAAGGACUCUUUUGACUUCUCUUUCAUAUACAAAUACUGUUUAAUUUUGGCCUCUUUCAAGAAAUUAUCUUCCACAAUCUUUGGGACACACAUGGGUAAAUGGGUACAAUACCACAUCUGAAAGAUUCACCUAUAGUUUCCAAGAUUUUUGUUGUAAAAGGAGUUUGUUAGUAUUUGCUGACAUUCAUUACUCUGAUCUUUCCCAGAUUAUACUUUUAAAGUCCAAGGAGAGGAAUUCAAUGCAUUGUUGAAAAAAGCAAAAGGUAAUUGUGAUAAUGGACUGCUACAGUGUAGUUAAGACAGACCACGUUUCCUCCAGCACUUAAAUACUUAGCAACAUGAGCAGGUGACAUCAAUGUGAGAUAUAGUGUUUCAUAAUAUUAGAACUAUAAAUAAGAAUGCAACAUAGCUUUGCAAAUUUAUUCCCAUUCUAGUCGAAUCUUAAUUGUUCAUUGGUGCAGAAAUGCAUAUUAUGUUGACUGCUCUAUAAUCAAAACUUGUGUGUGUGUUGUGAUGUUCAUGUCUUAAACCUGAUCUUGAUUUUCCUUUGUAGACUUAAAGACCAUAUUAGCAAAAAUUCCAGCUGAAAUUGGCAACAGGCAAAAGUUCUUGCAGACCAUUAAGUAAGAAGAAAAUAGGAAAAUUAGGGAUAUGGAAUAUAUAAUUAUUUAGGUUCUAAAUAUAAUGACAUAAACAUAAUUUUACAUGUAAAUUGAUAUAUAAGAGAGAAGUGAUGAUGUCUUUUGUAUGUUUUGCUGUCCAAUAACCAGUUAGACUUGAUUAUUUGCUAAGAGAUUGUGUGAUCUGUGGGGAGGAUGCACAUGUUUUCUUACGCAACCAGAAAAUAAUUUUUUUCUGGUUGAAAACUCUGCAAUACUCUUCUUGGUUGCUACAAAGUAAUUGUGGAACACAUCACUCCAGAGAUAAGAAAAAGAAUAACUGUUUUUAACAUUUUACUUUUUACCCAGGGAUAUUGCAACUGCUAUAAGGGACCUGCUAGAUGCAGUGAAUGAGGUUUUCAAGAAGUGUCAGAAUGUUGGGAAGGUGACACAAUAUAAAGAGGUACAGUAAUUGAAAACACUUGUAAGGUCAUAAGCUUCAGAAGCACUUAACAUGUGUACUUUUGGUAGCAUCUGACAUUCCUUAAAAUAAAGGAAUUCUUUAAAUCACAGUUCUACAGAAUCAGCCAUUGCAAUUGACAUUGCUUUUACAAAAUUUUGUAGGGAUGGUUAUAAUCUUUAAAAUUUCAUGAUACUUGUUAAGGAAAGGAAUUUGACUCACCUUUGCCCAUGGGCAGGCUCUCGCCUAUUAUUGAUAGUACUCACAUUGUUUUUUUCUUCUCAAUUAAGGGUCUUGAGAGGAACAAAAAGGAAUUUGUUAAAUAUUCCAAAAACUUCAGUGAUACUCUAAAGCAGUAUUUUAAAGAUCAAAGGUUGGUUUGAAAUGGAGUUGAAGCAGUAUUUAUUGUUAAUGGUGCCACAAAGUCUGAGAGUUAAGCAACUAAAUCUGACCACUCCAUGAUAAGCUUACGUUCUUAUUGGUUCUCUCUGAGUACACCAGGUGACGUUCUCCCCGCUGUUUGGUCUUUUCUUAGCUCUUAUUGUACGUUACCACAUCAUUCUAAUCCUCUUUCCUUUGUGCAAAUAGAUAUUGUGUUGGACUAUCCGGCUUUGACUUAAUCGCCUCUACUCCCGGUGAUUUGCCAACUUUUCUCUUCUUCUCACUUGCGGAGACUUAGUCAAACGAGGCAUACAAGGAGAAAGAUAGGGGAAGUUAAAUUCAUGCGCGAAUCACGGACUUAACGUCCAGAUCCCAAACAAUGCCCUUUGUGCUCUUCCUGCCCUUUGUUUUCGAAUCUUUUCCCUUCGCACUCCACAUAGGCUAGGCUAAACUGGGUGUGGAGAACUUUUCGUGGUUCGAGAGGGAGGCCAUUUUCUGGAAAAGAUACACCAAAACAUUAACGUCUAAACGAUCUCUGCUUAUAACAUGAUGUGUCCCUCAGCACUCGUCAGGGAUGAAGGUCUUAAUACUGAGGUGCUUGUCAGUGUGUCAUUGUUACUAAGUUUUGAUCUGACAAUUGCUCUUUUGUUUUCAAUCCAUAUUUUUUUUUAGGUCGGAGGCAGUAUAUGUUAGCGCGAACAGACUCAUCAACCAGACAAACCAUAUUUUGUAUAUGUUUAGAUUAGCUACAAGCUCAUAGAUAAUUUUGUAAAAUAUCCUCAGGACUUGCCUUUGUAUUCAGCUGAGUUAAUCUUAACGGGAGCGAUGCCUGUUUUAAUAUUUAUGUAAACAGAGUCAUGUACAAGCAAACCUAAUUUUGUUGUUAGAGGCGAAAAAAACAAUGAAACCAUUUGUGAAACAGAAUGGAAACAUGGAUAUCUUGGAAAACAUAGUGAAAUUUACAAGGCGUGGAAUACUUGUUUCCGCUUCAGUUUCCUCAUAUUCUCUUGUCGCAUUUUCUCUUGUAUGGAUUCGGCAGAUUUGGGUGAUUCUCUUAACCAUCUUUUUGUACUUUUCUAGAAUUGUAGAAUUAAAUCUUUGUUUUCUAGACAACAAAAUCUCAUAAAAUUUACUCUCGAGUUUCAAGAAUGUAAUACCGAUGUGACAGCGAUAAACGCAUCAGAGAUUGGCGUAUAUGACGCUCGCCGUAAGGGAAUGGCCAACUUACCAUCUAUUACAGUUUGAACAUUUUUUAUUUUUCAGGCCUUAUGUUCAUUGCUGUUACUACUUCACUGAUUACUCCCAAAUAAGUUAGCGAACAAUUCUUAUAAAGAUUUCCUUAAUUAUUCCCCACUAAUGUCUGUUUCGAAAAAUACAAUAAAAAAGACAAGUCACCGUGUUUGUUUAAGAGAUAUAAUGGGCCAAACUUACCCCAUUUAAACCUGCACAGGCACUAACCACGCGCGUCAUUUCAUCGGUUCACGGUACAUUCUGCGGUAGCUGGGAGUUAGGGUUUUUAAAAUGACAACUUGACAGGUAGAAAGUCUCAACCGUAUGGAACAAUGGAACAUUUUACACAUAAUUUGGGGAAAAUCACGCAAUUUUAAACGACAUCGACUCAGAACGUUCCUCGAGUCGUUUCUUUUAGGGACAUUUGCAUCCUCGAGUGACGUGCUUCAGCUAUAUCUUUCCCUUCGAUGAAUUUGUUUUAUUUCUCCAAUUUAAAGGGGAUAAUUUAUAAACCA